AAAAGUUGUCUACAGCCUGACUAUUACAGAUAUAAAAAAAAAAACUGAAAAUGUUUAAAACGUUUUACGUUUUUUGCGCCUUAGCUGCACUUGCACUGCCUGGGAAAUUAGCACUGCCAGCGCCACUAAAAGAGUAUUAUACACUAGACGACAUCGGACAAGAAAGAACUAGGAGCCUGUAUUAUCCUGCGGCGGCCACUUUUGCCGUGAUUGAACCUUAUGGGUACAUUUCCAAUGGUGUUGCUCGGGCUGCGAAAGAUUGCAUGCCAGCAGUCCCGAGUAAUCCCGGGCCUACUUUAAGUUUCGAAGAACAAAAGAAGGAGUUCGAUAGGAUUCUUAAGGAGACACCAAAUUUAUUGACUUCAAUUACUGGCGGAGGUUUAGGAUGAGUCGAAUAUACAGGACAACCGAAUAUUCUAUAGACGUAGAACGACUAUGUAUUUUUGGAAUAAACAUUAGUUAAUUGAU